AUGUCGCAGAAACCGAAGACCGAUGUAGAGGUAGUAGAAAUGAGCAGAGUCCCAUAUCAAUCUUUGAUAGGCUUUCUUAUGUACUUGGCAUUCUCCACACGACCUGACAUAGCUUACGCAGUAAGUUCUCUGAGCCAAUUUAAUCAAAAUCCGGGAAAAGCUUACUGGUUAUCAGCAAAACGAGUCCUACGCUAUCUAAAAGGAACCAGAAACUGUGGUUUGAACUUCAGAAGAAAAGGUGAUGAACUUUUUGGUUAUGUGGAUGCAGAUUGGGGAGCUGGACUUGAUGAUCGGAGAUCCUAUACAGGAUAUGUAUUCAAGCUUACUCUCUAG